UGCAGCUCCUCAGGCUUUCUUCUCAGAGAGGGCGGGCCAGGGUGCCCUCCACCUAUCUCACAUUGCCCGCCCCUUAAUCCCCACUUCUCUAUCCUCAUACCCCCUCGGGGAAUUACCCGAAAAUGCCUGAGCAGCCAGUUUCCUCUCCGAGUCCCUGGGUGGACAUGGAUAAAAGGAAUCCGAAGUGCACGGGGUGCACAAAGCUCUCUCCAUCGCUGAGUCUACACUUCAUCUCCAACUCUACGCCCUCUCCAUGACAAUGCGCGCCUCAGCUACUGCUGGCUCCUCGAUGCUUGCAUCUGGGCUGCUGUCUCUCUUGUUGCUGCUCACUUUAGCCUGGAUUGCCAGCGCUGACCCACCAGUUCCGUUUGGAGAGCUGCGCUGCAAGUGUGUGAAGACCACUCAAGGGAUUCAUCCCAAACAUAUAGCCAGUGUGGAAGUGAUCAUGGCGGGACCCCACUGUCAUACAAACGAAGUCAUAGCCAUUCUGAAGACAGGGAAAGAAAUUUGUCUCAACCCAAAAGCCCCUUGGGUGAAGAAAUUGAUCCAAAGAAAUUUAGACGGUGGUCCUUCACUUUGAUUUGCUUACUGUGUAUAUUGAACAAUGUAAGUUUCUGAAAACUUCAUUUGUCAGCGUUCUUAUCACUCUACUUAGAAUUUACCAACUGCUUCACAUUCCAAACAUACUUUUAUCUAGCGCCCUAUAUUUAUCAUGAACAGGUUCCACCGAAGAGAAAACAAGUUCAGAGACUGUGUCUCUUUCUUUCUGUCAGACCCUUGCAUGCUCUCUCCACAGAUAUAUA